AUGGACGAACAACACCAAGGACCGGAAAAUCAUACUAUUAGAGAGCGUAUUCGUCUUGGUUUGUUUGGUCUUUCUAAAAGGAUGAUGCAACGGAACCUCGCUAGACUGCAACAGGAUGCUUCUAAUGAACCUGUAUCUGGAGAACAAGUUUAUGACUCAUAUGGUUUUUCGCUGUCUGACAAUGUAUUUGCGAAUGGCGUAACACAAUAUGAGAAUGAGUUUAAUGAGAAGCGAGAACGACGUUUGAAGCGAUGGGAUACCAUAAAAAUGGAAAAUGAGUGGAACACUAGCCAUCCAUUUUUUUUGAAGGUCCUUGUUAGAAAGGGCAUACCUGAUGAAUACAGAGCUAAAAUGUGGUUCAAAUUAUCUGGAGCCGAGCAGCUUGGAUCGGAAAUUCAGGGUCUCUAUCCUAGACUCGUCGAUCAGCCCCUAUCCCCGGAGAUCGCAAACCAGAUUGAAAUGGACAUAUAUCGCACCUUUCCAACGCACCGAAAUUACAAGCGACAUUCUGAAGGCACAACUCGAUUGCGCAAUGUAUUGACGGCUUUCGCUAACUUUGUCCCCUCGGCGGGCUACUGCCAAAGUUUUAACUUUUUGGCGGCCAUCUUGCUUGUGUUCAUGGAUGAAGAGCAGGCGUUUUUAACGCUAACACAAAUGACAGAUUCGCGUAUCGUCGGCAAGGGACUGAACGUGUUGGGUUAUUACAAGGACGGUAUGCUUGCGUUGAAGCGUGAUGUUUUAGUGUUGGAGAUGCUUAUGCAAAAACGUCUAAAAAAGUUGUAUAAUCAUCUGAAGGCGAACGGGGUAGAUUUCACAUGCGUCUGUGCCGAGUGGUUGCUUUGUCACUUUUGUAUUUCGUUACCGAUACCGACGGUACUUCGAGUGUGGGAUGUAUUAUUUCACGAAGGUGAAAAAGUACUGUUUCGUGUUUGUUUCGCGUUGUUCAAGGUCCAUGAGAAAAAGUUGCUACAACGGACCGUUGAGCAGGAUCUGUUACUAUAUAUAAAAUCUAUGGGUAAUGGGAUUGUGCAACACGACGAGUUCUUAAAAGAUAGGCGCCGCUCAUUUGGCGUCGGUUCUGGACGACGCGUUGUACGUGAGUCCCUUGACGAACCUAGUGUGCGACUGGCUACAUAUUUCGCUGGUAGGCUAAAACCAUACAGCAAAUUGCAAGUACAUACUGGCUGUGUUAAUAGAUUGAAGUGGCACAGUGAUGGACGUACGUUGGCCUCGGUUAGUGACGACCUCACUAUCGCAUUGACUAAUGUGCACGAUGCUGAGCCGGAUUCUGAAGAUGAGUUUUGUAUAACUCCUAGUAGGAGUACUAUUAUACCGACACAGCACGGUGGUAAUAUAUUUGGAGUUGCUUUUAUAGAUGGUGGAGGGCGUAUAGCUACCGGGGCAAGAGAUUCUAAGGUAUGUGUAUCCGAUGUUAUGGAAAAAAGGACUAUAAAGCUCUAUGAUUGUCAUACUGGAAGUGUUAAACACGUAAUUAAUGAUGAGGGCUCAGAUUUUAUAUUCUUUAGCGGUGCGUAUGAUGGUACGGUACGACAGUUUGAUGUUCGAGAGCCACAUGAAUGUCACGGUCCAUGUUCUAACGUUAUCGUCAGCGUGACGCAAUCUGCUGAUCAGAAGAUGCCUAGUGCUAGAAUGAGGCGGUGUUCAUGGGCGGAUGUAGCACAUGAACUGACCCCAGAAGAGGGAACAAGAUGGGUUGACCUGGCUUUUAGAGAAUCGCAAUGGGCAUGUCAAUCUUAUGAUGGGACUGAAGUUAAGGCAAUCGCCAUUAACCCUACACGACCUGAACUAUUGGCGGUUGCUGCUUCUGACAGUUUGAUAAGGAUAUUUGAUAGAAGGAAAGUGUCUACGGGAUACUGUUCCAAAGAAGGUGUAUCUGUUAACCACACAAUGCCGAUACUCGAAGAGGUGUAUAUGCCCAAGCAUUUCUGGGCAGAGGAAAACAGUGUAUUCGCAACGCAUCUUGUAUGGUCGCCAAAUGGAGAACGACUAGCUGUAACAUAUGAGAGUGAGCAUAUAUACCUUUUUGACCGUAACUUCAACAGCGUGGGAGCUUUGCGCACAGGUCAUGCUGGUCGAUGUGGGUAUGUUGCGUCAAGUCGUUCUAAAAACAUAACAUGGAAGAUGCGUGAUCUAGAGUCACAUUUUGUCAGGUGUAAGGAUAGCGAUUGUGCAAAACGGAACGUACCACACCUACUCUUUAUGCUACUACGUCGUAACCAUGUUGGUGAUGUCCUUUUAUGUGAAGCAAUAGCAAGCGAAGCUACCCGUGUCAUGCCAGAUGAUCCGAUAUUGCUUUUCCGCCGUCUACAGGCUUGUUUACGUCUUGAUAACUAUUACAUUGCACGAAAACUGUGCUUACGUGGAGCGCGAAUAUUCCCACAAUAUGGUCAUCAUUUCCAUAAAAUAAGGAAAUUAUGCCUACUAUUGGUUAAUAGGGUAUCACGUGAUAAGGUGACCCAGGAGAUCACCAACGUGUUGAAAUCGAUAUGCGAUUCUCAGGAGAUCACUUCUCCCGAGACUGAUUUGGAUUUGGAGCAGUCUUCGCAUGAAACUGCUACUGAAGGGGAGGAUAGUGAUUUUGACUUGCAUACGUCUGUGUCGGCACAAAUGAGAUACUCUAUCCAUGGUUGGCGUAGGUGGCCUAAACCUGAAACUUGUUUAAGGUUGGAGGAAUAUUUUCGAGAUACAACAGCUGAAUUGAAAUUUGAAGAGAGUUCAUCUGAUCAUGAUUCUGAAGAAGACAUGCCUAUCGUAGAAUAUGAAAACAGGGUAUCUAUGGGUAGAUAUAACCAUUUGGAAUUUUCAGUUCGAGGUUCGGUGGAUGACACGUCUGGUGAGAGGAGAGUGAAUUUACAUCACUACUACUGCUAUGACGCUGAUGAAACUGGUGUACACAGCUACAGACCUGCACUUCCAUACAAUGUAUACCCGCUGUUGUAUUCGCAGGAACAUGAGCUUUACAAGGAGAUAGAGAAUCCACACUGGCGUCCUAACGGGCGUUGUAUGAGGUUCUGGGGACAUUGUAACUUUGGUACUGAUAUUGCUGAGGUUAACUUUUGGGGAGACAAUGUGUUGGUGAGCGGUAGUGCGGAUGGAUCUCUGUACCUCUAUGAUGUGACGACAGGACGUGUGUUGGAUAUUCUUCGGGGUCAUAACGAAAAUGUGAAUUGUGUUCAAGUUAGCCCGCGAGGAAAUAUGUUAGCAACUAGCGGUAUAGAUGAUUACGUCCAGAUUUGGAUGCCUCAAGGUGGUUCUAACAUGAUGACUGACAAGGAGGCUGAAGAUAGAAUAAAUGCUGUGCAGACCUACUACAACCAAGGUCCUAAUAGUAUGCCAUUUUCAAUAUCGGAAUUAAGGUAA